AGACAAACAAACCAAAUUUAUAUUUAAAUUUAUUUCAGAUUCACGAUGUUGGAAUCUCUAUUUGACGAUGUUAAACGGAUGGACAAACGGCAAUUCGUUUAUCAGGUCCUGAGUUUUGGCAUGAUAGUCUCAUCAGCCCUAAUGAUUUGGAAAGGCUUAAUGGUUGUCACUGGAUCCGAAUCUCCGAUUGUUGUUGUACUGUCUGGUUCUAUGGAACCUGCUUUCAAGAGAGGAGAUCUCCUUUUCCUCACAAACUUCGAAGAAGAGGAUAUUAGAGUUGGAGAAAUUGUCGUCUUCAAGAUAGAUGGUCGAGAUAUUCCUAUAGUGCACAGAUUUUUGCUCUUUUUUCUUAAAAUAUGCUCCAUUGUUUUUUUACAGUUCUUGACAAAGGGUGACAACAACUCUGUUGAUGACAGAGGUCUGUACGCUCCUGGACAACUCUGGUUAGACAGGAAGGACGUGGUCGGCCGAGCCCGAGGAUUCCUUCCCUACGUUGGAAUUGUUACCAUCGUUAUGAACGAUUAUCCUAGAUUCAAGUAUGCUGUGCUGGCCUGUCUUGGCUUCUAUGUUCUGAUACAUAGAGAAUAAAAAGGGACCUGAUGAUAUACUUCCUUGAGAACUUCCUUCCUUCUAUAUCCUCUACAUGUUGACAAAUUUUGGGGACUUGGGUCUACUCCUCUGUUUUCAUAUUGAAUCAAGGAGAAGUUUGACAUUAUCCAGUGUUUUGGAGAGGGUUUGUGUUACUUGCAAUCAACUUUUUUACAUAUAGUUUUUUGUUAUUAAAAUUAUGUUAUUUUUUACUUGCCUAAACUUGUUUUAGUUCUAUCUUUUUUUUACAACUUAUGGUAAACUCAUAGUGCACAACUUUUUUUACUUAUCAGUAGGGUCUUUUAUCAAAAAGUUUGCAUUGUAAAAAAAUCACUAAUUGAAUGAAUGCUCUAUGAGUAUGGAGUAUUAAUUAUAAUAAAUUGUUUUCUGUGAUUCAUAUCAACGGCUGAACACUGGAAUAUAACACUUGGCUUUUGAAUUAUGGAUUGAAUCAAUGUUUGGAGAAAGCUAGAAAAGGGAAGAUUUUAUUUUUUAAAGUUUAAUUGGAAUACAAAUCAAAUUCUUCAUCUUUGAAUCGAAGGUGUGUGAACAAUAUCAUUGUAUUGCAUUUUUACUUUUUUUUCUUCUUCAAAUUUAGCUGUACAUACUGUAAAAUGUACAGUGUACAUCACACAGUACACGUCGUUGGGCAUGUGUAAAAGGAAUUCUUGCAGUUUUCGCAAAAAUUGAUAUCUUGUUGUUGCAUUUUUUGCUGUGGGUUAAAUUCUUUUUAACUUUAACAUUCUUCACGUCAUGGUAGUUAAAUGUUUGAGUUUAUAAAAAUAGUCUUGCGCAUUUUCAUCUCCUAGCUCUGCGAAUUCACAAUUAUAGUUUGGCGCAUUUUCCAGA